CUGCCGGGGUUGUCAUCCCCCUUCCAUUGCAUGGGCACACCUGGGGAUCGCUCUUGCUCCCCAAAAAGCAACAGUUUAAGAACACCCCCUGAGCAGCACUGCUGAGAGUGGCUUGUGGUUGGACUUGUGUUAUUUUGGGGAGCUUCCACAUGGCUGCAGGUCCCUCUCAUCCCUUGAGUGGUUUCAGAGCCCAUGAACAGCUGUCCAGAGCUCUAAUGGGGUUCAUUUCCAUGCUGAUUCCGUCCUGGCAGCAGAAUCACCCAGGGCUUGGAGGGGCAAAGGGAGUGGACAGAGAGGAUGGGGGGAUUCUCUCUCCCCCUCCUUGGGUCAAGCAGCAGUGUGGCUGCAGUGCUGAGUUUUGAGUGAUUUUAUUCCAAAAGUUACCAGCUUUUUGGAGAAGCCUUGUCCUGACAGUGUUUCCAGGAAAUUUUUAGAGGUGAGGAAAAGAGAUGCUGGAAGGUUGAUUGUUCUUCUCCACCAGAACUAUGUGCAGGAUCAAAACCUGUGGAGUUGGACCUGUGUGGGAGGAGGGAUCUGCUCAGUCUGGGAGAGCUGUUCACAUCCUUUGUUAAGUAUAAUCACAGGUUAGUCAAGAUGGGGCCAGUCUCUGCUGUCCGGCACACAGUCCUGAUUCCUCAUCCCUCCUUGGGUCACCAGGUCUGUACUGGCCCCUGGGGUGGCAGCUUGGGUGUUUUCCAAAGCAAAGCCUGGUCUUUGAAGACUCAAGUGGAAAUGGGACAGGGGAGGAAGGGACACCAGCAGGCACCUGGCACAGGUAGAAUGUGCUGAGAGUGGCCACAGAGGCUGGGACUCAAUGCUGGCAUUGCCAGACCCUGCCACGAUCCUUCCAAGGUGUUCCUGCAGGAGGGAUGGCUCCGGAGCCUUGGGCUCCUCCAGGUAACACAGGAUUGAGCUCGAACUCUGCUUUUCUUCUUCCUCCCUUUGUAUUCUUUUCACUCUUCCCUCCCGCUGCUUCUUUCCUCUUUUGUCCAAACCCCUUUGUUUUCUUCUCCUUUUCCUGAUCCCGUUUUGCCAGUCCUCCUUAUCCCAGCUUCAGGAGCAGGCAGAGCACUGCUGGGACAUUUGUGGCACCACCUGAACACAGUACAUUUGCAGUGGGGUGUCCCAGGGUGUCCUUAGCACGUGCUUGGAGAACUGCAGCUCCCCUGAGUGCCAUGAAAUCCUCCGUCGGCAGUAGGGUGACAGGGAUGGGACACACUGUGUCCAGAAUGCCAGAGGUCUGACUGUGCAGUGUCAGACAAACCAGCAGCUGUUCCCAGCGUGGGAACAUUCCCGGUGCCGUUCCUGCGCGCUGUUCUGGCGGCACCCACGGGGAUACCGGCAGCGGAGGAGCAAGGGAGGGGAAGCAGGUGUGGAAAGGGAAGGGAAAGGUUCCCGGUGGGGCUCCUGCCUUCAUCAGCACUCAUCAGCUCUUUUUGGGAGCUUCCUUCCCCCUAGUGCUGCAGCUGGCACCUACCUGUGUGGCUGGCAUGUCCUCGCUCCUCGGUGCUGUCUCGGUGGCCCUGACGCAAUAAGGGACUGUCCCCGUGCCUCAGUGGCGAGGGCUGGCUGAGGUCCCACCGUGCCCCUGCCAUCCUGGGCAGCUGCCAUCCUGUUCCCUGCCACGCUGCCAGGGCACUGGGAGGAUUCACGGAGCUGGUGGCUGUGCAGCCAAGGAAUUCAGACAGCUCGACACACGAUGGUGCAGAUAAUUCAAAUUAAAUUUUAAUCUAGCAUGAAUUAAUACUGUGGCAUUAACAAUUCUUCAUCAGUACCAAUUACAGUACAUUAGCAGCUACUGCUAGAGAGCACAAUAGUCUCUAAUAUGCGUCAUUAAUGUGUAACAGAUCCCUCUGGGUCAUGCCUUACCCACCCUAGAUAAAAGCAGCAACGGAGGUAGGCAGGGGCUUGCAAGCAGUGCACCCCUUUGGGGCUGGCUCUUACUCCAGGGUCAUGGCUCCAAUGGCACGGUGAUCCUGUGGCACUGCAGCUGGGGUUGGCAGUAGCCCCUCCAGCCUCACUGGGGGUCAGGUUUAGCACUGCCACCUGCAGAACCCCUCUCCCAGCUGAGCACAGUGUCCUCGUCCGUCCGCAGAGGCCAGAGGCUCCAUCACGGCUCUCAAAUGUCUGGAGGAUGGCGAUGGUGGUCUGCAGGCAGCGGCUACAGGGCGAGAUGGCACGACGGGCACUGGCACUGGCACUCUGCCUGUCCCUGUCUGCGGUGGCAUCUGCUGACUGUGUCACCCAGUGCUCCCUCUGCGCAGCCCAGACCCGCGGUGCCGAGGGCAGCGUACAGCCCCUGAUGUGCCUGUGGGAAUGCCAGGGCUCCUUGUCACCCGGCCCCGAGUGGGAGAUGUGCAGGAAGGCACUGGCGCUCCUGGCCCCACUGGUGGCCCUGGCCGAAGGGACAGACCCGUCCCCACAGGAGGCGGAGGAGGAUGAGGCGCAGCCGGAGCAGGGUCCGGGCCCUGCAGAGCUGCCGCUGGUGCCGGCCAAGCGCUACGGGGGCUUCAUGAAGAUGAUGUCCAAGGCGAAGCUGCUGUCCCUGCUCCGCGAGAACGCUCACAGCAAGGGCGGCCUCAGCAAGAAGUCCGAAGGCUUCAGCCGCAAGCCAGGGGAGCGAGCGGCCCCCGAGGACUACCCAGGGCCGGCAGGGGACGGGGACGAAGAGCCCACGGGUGCCGGGGCCGAGGGGCCGGAGCUGGCGCAGCUGCACAAGCGCUACGGGGGCUUCCUGCGCCGCAUCCGGCCCAAGCUCAAGUGGGACAAUCAGAAGCGCUACGGGGGCUUCCUGCGGAGGCAGUUCAAGGUGACCACGCGGUCGGACGAGGACCCCAGCGCCUACUCAGGAGAGGUCUCAGACCUGUAGAGCCAGGCGUGGGACGGCAGCACCACGGUCCCCACACUGCCACCCCAACUGUGCCAUUGCCCCCAGCCCUGCCCCCUGCCCAGCCCGGUGUGGCUGGUGUCACUCUUGCCUCAUUCCCCUGAGGGGACCAUGAGUUCCAUCCCCAGUUGUCCCUCUGGUUCACCUGCCCAUCCUGUGCACGGAGGGGACAGGGCCACUCCUCCGGCUGCUGGCGGUGUGGCUGCGGCCCAGCCCAGGGUUCCCGGGGGUGUAUUGCUGGGCACACAUAUCCUCCAUCCUCCCGUGGCUGCUGGAGCACAGCAGGGUCUGGAAACCAUCACAGCUGAGGUACAGGGCAGGGGGCUCCGAGCACUGGGAAGAUGAACCAGGGCAGGAUCAGGGAGGUGGCUGCCGUGGCCACGGGCAGAGGUGGCUGGUGGAGCCACAGCACCAUCACCAGGUGCUCAAGCAGUGCUGAGCCCAGCCCCCACUCCCCUCCCCGAGCCUCUCACAGUGUCCCACUAAUCCCAGCACCCACCCGGUGCCCCUGGGCUCCCCCUCCAAGAGCAACUCUAGAGGCAGGGUCAGCCCCAUGCCCCAACACCCAACUCCUCCCCCUGCAGUCAAUAAAAGGCAGAUGCCAAUGAAGCUGAA